AAGUUUUAACCGAAAAUUUUCUCCUUAAAUGUUGUUCUGUAAGGAGAGAUGAGUGAAGGUGAGAGUAGGAGGAGUGAAAGGAGGAUCCAGUGGCUCAGAGUGAACUCAGAAAAUCUACACACACACAACUCCAGAGAGAAUGGAUUUCACCAAAUGGGUUUGUGUUUGUAUCCUGUGCUUCAUCGUAUCUGUAGACUCCCCCUCUGUAGGCUCUCAGAUCAGUGUAUCUGCUGCAGAGGGACACACAGCUGUCCUGCCGUGUGAAUUAAACGUCCCUGUUCAAGCACUAUGCGUCUCGUGGUGUGUAGAUGAUGAAUUUGUGUUUGAGCGAUGUGCUGAGGAGACACUUCAGGGUUUAGGAUAUAAAGGACGUGUGGACGUUCCUGAGGAGGAACUGCUUAGAGGAAACGGUUCCAUGGUGCUAAAGAAGGUCAGGAAGGCUGAUGAGGGAAUCUACACCUGCUCACUGAGAACAGGACACAGGAAGAGAUCUGCCUUGACCAACCAGGAGGUGAUCCAGAGUGUUAAACUCCAGCUCGAUGGUACGAAGAAACAUCUGUUUCCCCUGACUAAACCUGUGAAAGCAGUUCAGAUUGAAAUUCAGCUCUAGCAGAUGAUGCUGGGGUGAAUGUUCCUCACUGGCUUUGAAGAAAUAUGUG